AUGCAUCCGCCCCCGAACACCACCCACGUUGGACCAAUCAGUCAGAAACUGGAGUCACAGUUUGCCCAGGGUCUGCAGGCCCGUGCCACCAACGAAAGCCGGGAAGAAGGAUCCACUCGUUCUGUUUUCGAGAACGGUGUCGAAUGCUCUGGUUGGCCACAAGACCCCUCCUGCAUCGCCUCACUUUUCGUUGGUGGUCGGUGCUUCUUGGUUUAG